AUGACUUCUUCUACUUUAUCCGAAGUGACCUCACUUUUUAAAAAAGAAGAAUUUUCAAAUGAGUUUGGAUUUCCAAAUUCCGGAAAUUCCGGAAAUUCUGAGGAAUGGUUGGCGAUUGAAGGAAAUAUUAGUUAUUUUAGUAAUAAUUUCGAAAGAAUAGCAGCUAAGGCAGGAGUAACUUUUCUAGCAUUUGGUAAUGGAUCUCCGGACCUUUUUAGUACAUUCACAGCCAUGUCUCAUGAAUCCGGAUCAUUGGCAAUUGGAGAAUUAAUAGGAGCGGCUAGUUUUAUUACAUCAAUAGUAGCUGGUUCCAUGGCAGUGAUAACACCAUUUCGAGUAACCAAAGUUCCAUUUAUGAGAAAUGUCAUAUUUUUCUUACUCGCAAUUAUAAUUACACUUUCAAUAAUUUGGGAUGGGAUGAUUUAUUUAUGGGAAAGCAUAGUUUUGGUGGCAUUUUAUAUUCUAUAUGUGAGUGUAGUAUUUAUAGGAAGUUGGUGGACAGAAAAUCAAAAAAAAAUGAAAUGGCAAGAACAAAAGGCUCGAGAUGAAUAUAAUCAAAAUUUGAGGGUUAAUGUUGAUACCGAUAAUCAAGGUGUGACAAUCGAAGAUGAUUAUGAUAAUCAAGAAUAUGAAUAUGAUUCAUACCAUGAAACAGAUCCUUUACUUCCUGAAGGGGAACGACAUGUUCCUGAUUACAGUAAUCGUACUGUUACACCACCACCUAUUUCUAUGACGAACUUAGCAACACAUUCUCAUCAUGAAGGACAAAAUCAGUUUAAACCAGCUUCAGUUAUAUCAAGACAACCAGCUCGUGGAACGAGACCUUCAUUAUUUGGAGCUAUUGAGUUUCGGGAUAUAGUUAAUUCACUCAAAUUAGAUAGUAGUGCUAGAGCUUUAGGAGUAUUAGGAAGAAAUUAUACAUCAGAUUUAUAUAAUCCAUAUAAUUCUCGACCACGUAGUAGAACGCUUCCACAUUCUAGAACAAUUAAUAAUCCAUCACGUAGAAGAUCUUGGGCUAGUUCUAAUUAUAUAAUAGAAGAAUAUCCGGAUACUUCUUACUAUGGGAAUCUUUCUGAUCAUGUAAUCAAUGCAGGAUCUUCAUCAAAUCCAACAAAUACUUUACAGGUUCCUAAUUUAUUAACACAUGAUCAAGAAUCAGAUACUCAAUUAUCUAUUUCACCAUUAAAUAUUUCGGAUAAUUCACAUCCAGAAAAUCAGCCGCAAUUCAUUUCGGACGUUAAUUCUUUACGUUCUUCACCAAGAUCUACACCCACACAUUCACAUUCACGUUCACCAAAUUUAUCACCAUUAUUAUCACCAAUAGUAUCACCAUCAUUAUUACCAGUUACAAACCUAUCAUCAUUAUCAUCAUUUAAAAUAACAAUUUUAUCAUUGUUAAAUAAAUUUCAAAUCCUUUUCUUUCCAUAUCUUGAGGGAUUUUCAAAUAAGUCAUUAUUUGCGAAAUUUAUUGCUUUAAUGGCAUGUCCAGCAACUUUUUUACUUACACUUACACUUCCGGUUGUUUAUGAAGAUGAUAUAAUUGGUAUUCAAGAUGAAGUUAUCAUUCCUUCUCCUGAUGAAAAUGUAAAAUCAAUUGGUUGGAAUCGAACAUUAACUGCUAUUCAAUUAUUUUUUGCACCUUUAUUUACUUCCGUUGUCCUAUUUGGUGACACUAAAUCUAUAAUAUAUUCAUUAAUUAUUGGAAUAACCUUAUCUUUACUUUGUAUAAUUUUUGCUCAUGAAAAUGAACCACCACUUUUUUAUUCAUCAUUGUGCUUUAUGGGAUUUGGUGUUGCAAUGGUUUGGAUAUUUCUCAUAGCUAAUGAGGUUGUCAGUUUAUUAGAGUCUUUUGGAUUAAUUAUUGGAGUCAGUGAAGCUAUUCUAGGUCUCACAAUAUUUGCUAUGGGUAAUAGUCUUGGAGAUUUUGUUGCUAAUAUUACUAUUGCAAAAAUGGGAUUACCCAUGAUGGCUAUAAGUGCAUGUUUUGGAAGUCCUAUGUUAAAUAUUCUUCUGGGUAUUGGUCUAAGUGGAACAUAUAUGACUGCGAAAACCGGACUUCCUUAUAAAAUUGAUACUGGACCAACAUUAUUCAUUUCGGCAAUUGGAUUAUUAAUAUCAUUAUUAUCCACUCUUCGUAUUAUUUAUCGAUUUCCCUCCUCGAACACACAAACUUGUUUAAUACCAAAAAUUCUCUCAAUGGGUGUAAAUAGUGAGAAUGAUCCGGUAUCAUCUGAUAUAACUUUAAUCGAGCAUCCUAUAUUUUCAAGGCACUUGAUAAUAACACAAGAUUGUAUGUAA